UUUAUGCACUGUAUACAAGACACAGCAACAAAACUAACAAAAAGUCAAACCUACUGCCGCUUACUUUGAGUCUGACGUUUAUCUGAGACCAAACCGUCUCGUCUGGAUCAACUUUUGCGCUUCGGCGACCACCCAGACGUAGCGAUGGGCGGGAGGAUAGUCGGGAUAGUCAGGGACACUGUCCAAGUUCCCGUCUUUGUUAUGAACAAAUGAGCGCUCAUCAUCCUUAGCAGAUACACUAAAUGGACCAGAAAGUAAAGGAUGCAUGCUGUAUCUUUUCAAGAGACCACUUGAAAAAAAAUGCUGCCCCAGAAAAUUGUUGGUCAUUCACUGGCCAGUAGCAAAAAAGAUUUUGGAAAAAUAUACAACAAUGAUGGCUUUGUGGGCAGCUCUAGUGUCCGAGGCACCCGUUCAAAAGCAGAGCUCCAAGAGCUGAUGGACAGUUUGCAGCGAAAGAAGGCAGCUGUUGAAGCCAGCAUACGUGCUAAUGCAGAGCGCCACCCCUACCUCAGCCUGUCCUCUCCACCUAGUCCUCAUUCUACCAUAUCACUCCUUCAAGAGCAGCCAUCCCACUCAGUUCAUAUGCCUUCCUCCUACAGUCUUAUUAUGGCUCCUUCCCCUCGUCAUUCAGACUGCCCUUCAAGCCCAGUCCACACCCAUACUCGCAGUCGCCACCACUCUCAUGAGAACCUUCCACUCUUUCAAUUCUGUGACAUCUGUCGACCCAACACAUCCAGCUCCAUGUGGAAUGGUAGCUCUUACAUGUCAGAUGCUUUUAAUGUAUACCAUCGUGGCCCUAGUGGAGCUGCAAGCAUGCCCUCCAGUCCUAGGCUAGGCAGAAAACAUUUAGCACGAGAUGGAGAUCCAGUUAAUUAUCCUCCUCCUCGUCAAAGGAAAUAUUCCACUGGCUCUCUGAAUGGCUUAGGAGUACAAAGUCGUUCCCUUCCCAGACUGUAUCGAAGUGAUGCACCUUCCUUCUCUCUGCCCCCUCGGCACUCAUCCAGGGCAAGAUGCAGCCUCCCAUCUCUUGAGUGCCCUCCAGACGUGACUGUAACAUCCUUGAGCAAUGAUCUCAGCUUUAAGAAGAUGCUCUUGUUUGGGAAAGGAGGAGUAGGUCCAGGGAUAGGCCAGUGGAGAGGCAGCAUCAGUUCACUAAGCAGCAAGAAUGAGCUUCAAGAUUACCAUCAGAGACAGAAAGACGAGCGGUUACGAGAACAGGAAGUGGAGAGGCUGGAGCGUCAGCGUCUGGAAACGAUACUGAGCCUAUGCUCUGAAUUGGGAAGCUCAGCAACAAGUUGCCCAGAAGGCAGUGCUGGUGUUUGUGCCAUAUCUGACUUGCAGAGGAUCAAUAAUGAGCUGGAGAAGCUGCAGGUUUUGGAUGAUGAAAGUGAAUUUUCUGACUUGCUCGCUGUAGCUGCUCUACAGGAUGACUUGGUAGAGAAGAGUAGACAAGAGAGACAGCUACAGACAACUAACAUCCUGCAAACAUCUGCAUCAGACACCAUGCAGAUUAAACAGGAUAUAACCUGGGUAGAAGAGGAGAGGAUUCAAGUCCUCAACAGCAUUGAAGAGUUGGAGCAGAAGAUAAAGGACUUAGACACACAGGUGGAUGAGUCUAUCAGAAAGAUGGAGGUGGAGAGGGCCCUAUUGGAAGGUGAGCAGAAUGAAGAGCUUGCUCUCCUGCAAGCAGAUAAGGUUUUGCUAGAGAAGUUAAAUGAAAAGAUGAGCAAAAUGGGGAAAACCACAAAUCCUAAUACAACUGAAAAGGACACAGAGACGUUGGGGACAGAGAUGAAGCACUUUGAGGAUCUUGAGUUUCAGCACCUAGAGAAAAAGAGCAAUCAGGCUGAAGAAAAAGAGUCACAGAACCAGCAACUCCUCCAAGAGAUUGCUGAGUACCAGCACAAUUUACUCACACGCAAGGAGAGGCUUAUGGGUUUGAAGAAACAAUCCACUCGGAUUACCCAGCAGGCUCAGCAGGAAAAGGAGAACUUCCUGAAAGAGAAGAACAAUCUUCAUCUGAUAUUACAAAGGGAGCAAGAGAAUCUUGCCACACUGGAAAGGAACUAUGCAGAGCUGAUAAGUGGCCAGACCUUCUCUCUGAACCCUGUGUCUUUGAAAGAGCCCCAUCUGCCCAUGUCUCAGAGUUCUAGCUGUGGUAGUAUGCCCCCUCAUGCUCCCUCUCUCACACCAAGAGAUCUAGACACUCGCUGUCUACUCAAGGCUGAUCACCUGCAUUUGAAUGACAGCAGGCAGAGGUUGAGUGAAAUAAACAGCAGGACCGUGUUUGAGUCAAACUUCUAUUUGAACCCUUUUCACCAUGUGGACAAUGUUACCAACUUUGAUACCAUCAGUGUGGAAAGUUCAGACAGCCUGGAGACGAGCAUCUCAGCCUGCUCUCCUGACAACAUUUCCAGCAGUGCCAGAAUAUCUAAUGUGGUUAAGAUAGAGGAGAUGGAGUGUCUGCUCAGAGAGUUGCAGGCAGAGAAGUCCAGACUCUUGAAGUACAGGGAGAGAGAAAUGGAGCAGCGUCAACAGGCUCUAGAGGAGGAGAAGAUGAGGCUAGAAGAACUGGAAAGGCGACUUAGAGAGGAGACAAACAUAAGGCAGAAACUUAUAGAAAGGGAGGUCAAGCUCCGGGAGAAGCAAAGAACACAGUCUCGUCCAUUGACACGUUACCUGCCAGUCAGGAGGGAUGACUUUGACCUGCGGAGACAUAUUGAGGCAGCAGGUCAUCAACCCAACAGCUGUUUUCACCUUGCUAUUACUGACAAGACAUGCAGAGGCUUUCUAGUCAAGAUGGGGGGGAAAAUCAAAACCUGGAAAAAACGCUGGUUUGUAUUUGACCGAAAUCGCAGGACCCUGGCAUACUAUGCAGAUAAACAUGAAGUAAAAACAAAGGGUGUCAUCUACUUUCAAGCUAUUAAGGAAGUGUAUUAUGAUCACCUUAAGAAUGCACAUAAGAGUCCAAACCCUUUACUGACAUUCAGCAUAAAGACACAUGAUCGCGUUUACUUCAUGGUAGCACCUUCUCCAGAGGCUAUGAGGAUCUGGAUGGAUGUGAUAGUAACAGGAGCAGAAGGAUACUCACACUUUCUGGUUUGAGUAGCAGCUUUCUGCAGUGACCCAUCAUACUUUGGCUCAGACUUUAAAAUGGAUUCUAGUACUUUCUGCUUUUUGAGGAAUCUUUUUUGUAGCUCAGAUUUAUACAUGGUAUUAUAUACAUUAUAAUAUUUUGGUGUGGGAAUCACAGUAUAGUAUAAAAAUAUUGUUUUCUGUUCAGCAGCUGUAAUUGAAGUUAUCAAUGCCUAAUCUGAUUUUUCCCCUAAACCCAUGUAUGCUGUCCCAUUUUUGAAUUUUUGUUCCAGAUAGCAGCUCCAGAAACCCCUUUCUGCAUGGCACCAAUGUUUUUUGCUCUCAUUUAUUCAAUUUGUAUGAGUGUACUAACCAGAGAAUAUGCUACGUUAUUCUGUUUUAGCUACUUUUUCUAACCUUCAAACAUAUUUUAAAAGAGUUACAAUUUUAAAGCUUUUGCUAAUACUUAGGGUUUUAUUUUCAUAUGCCAGCAAGGUCUGUCACAAGUUAAACAAGUUAAGUAUACACAAGUUAAAUUUGGUUCUUUUUUGUUGCUCAUAGAAAACCAGAAGCAGGAUAUAGGUCAAAAAAUGGAAGGAUAUAUAUAACCAAAGACAUGCUUCCUUUGAAUUGAUCUAUAUUAUGUGAAUGCAUUCAAGGCUCUCAUUAGAUCUUAUAUCACAUUAUUUUUUGUAAUUUCUUUAGUUAAUAACCUUUCCAACUUAAUCAUUACAAGGACAAGAUAGAAAUUAUAAAUAUUAUAGAAGAAAAUAUUCUGAUCCUGUUGUGUCAUUGUUGAAGCCCUUUUAGCAGCAGCAACAGCCAAAGUAAAGGCUCACUAUAGAAAUGUUUCUUUUGUUAAAAAUAGUCACCAUUGUAACUAAUUUUAUUGCUAUAAGGAUUAAGGUAAUUUGGCAAGCAAAAUUAUAGUAACAUAUCAAAUAGUUUAUGGCAUUUUCGGCAUUUAGCAGAUGCCCUUAUUGAGAGUGACUUACUUUUUUUAUUAUUUCAUAGUCAUUUGAUGGCAUGAAUAUAGUUGGAGGUUUGAUUUUAGCAGGUACAAAAUGUUAGUGUAUGUACAAUCAACUUUAUCCAAACAUUUUGGUACUUGGAUAAUAUUUCCAGGGGUUAAAAGCAAGGAGGCUGAACAAACAGUAUGUGCAUUAGACAUAUAUACUGAAAAUUUAUAAUGGCAUGUUUUAUAUUUUUGUAAUUAAUAUUAUACACAAUUAAAACUCUUUACAAUAAUUAAAUGAAGUAGUUUUUCAUCAGUUAGAAUGUAAUCUAUAAUAAACUCCAAAGUUUACAUGAACAGUUUAUUUCAUACUGUACUUGAAUUUAAAGAUCUUAUUUUUGGAAAAUUGUCCAUAUACAUGCAUUGCAUUAUAUUGCUUAAUAAAAGAUCAGCAAACAUGA